AUGAAGCUGAAUAUCGCUCAUCCUGCUAAUGGAUCACAGAAGUGCGUAGAAAUGUCGGCAAAAGAGGAACAGCGAUUCUUUGGAAAGAAGAUUGGAGAGCAGUUUGAUGGUGCAAUCAUCAGCCCAGAAUUCGAGGGAACUUUUCUCCAAAUCCAGGGUGGAAACGACUACCAGGGCAUUUGCAUGGUCUCAAACCAGGAGACCACUAAGAGACUUCGACUGCUUCUCAAAGAGGGUGACAUCGGCUACAAGUGCAAGAGAAGGGGCGUAAGAAGGAGGAAGACCGUACGAGGCAGCAUGGUGUCCAACGAGACACAGGUGCUGAAUCUGAUUAUUGUGAAGGAGAACAAACCAAUUGAGGGACUCACUGACGUAGUGAAGCCACAGUCGCAUCUGCCUAAGAAGGAGAGCAAGCUGUGUGCCCUACUGGGACUGGAAGCAGGCGCAAACAUCAGGGAGCACCUCUCUAAGACGAUGCCAGGGGAGAAGCUGCCUAACAUUCGCAUUGUUCGUAGAAUAACGCAGAAGGAGCUGGAAAGAAGAGAGGCGAGGAAGACAGUCAGAGAGGCACGAAAGAAGAAGCUGGUUGAAGACAUGAAGAGAUACGAGGGUGUUCACGGUGCAUUGAAUUAA